CACUCUCAACUUUAAACUUUUCCAGUGUUCCUGCUGUUCGGAUCAACAACACUGAGGCUUCGGGACAGCGCGUGCGGAUUCUACACGUAUAGUGUCUAGAUUUCUCGACAUGGAUCUGUGGAAAUUUAAUCCGAGUCGAACAGGUUUGUGAAGUUUUAAUUCAUUUAGGAACAUGGAAAAGAGUGUUUAGAAAAGGCUCUCUCCUGACAGUGUUUUCGAUCGCUCCCGCUAAGCUCUUGUUUUAUCUGGAUAAUAUUUUUCCCCCCCAUCGGACCUCACGGAAAACGUUUCCAGGCGUUCACGGUGGGAUUGUGAUGCGUGUUUGAUCAGAGUGGAAUAACUGAGACAUUGUCGCAUUGCUGGAUUCUGCUACAACCUGCUACAUUCUGGAAUGUUUGGAAUCCUUUGAAGUGGACGCGGCGCACCGCACACUAAUGGAGCCAUUAUGACGUCAUGUUCUCAAUCAAGACGCGCGGGAAUCCACGGGGGAAUCUGUUAUAUUAUUGAUCAGACCUUUAGGGGAUCAUAUUAAAUCAAUGCUCGCGCCAGGAGUCUGUCCGCUGUCACUCGGUCUACCAUGUUCUGUCAGUGAUACGGGCCAGUCCCCCACUAAAGUUCCAUUGAAUUGCUUGUAAUAUUCUUUAAUUUCAAAUCUCAACCCUGCAGAGCUUAUUAAACCAGCCACUCUAAAAGCCACUGGGUUUUUGGACGGUUUCAGUGACUGUCUCCUGUCUUUUAUCUGAGCUCUGAUUGGACGGAUAGCGCAUAAUGUAUGGCCGGGGCCCGCCGCUGCAGCCAGGACAAUGAGGGUCCCUGUGCGGCAAUUGGCCGGGCUCUGGCCGUGGCUGCUCAUGGCUGCCUCGCAGGUGGCGUUGGGCCACACGGGCCUGGAACUAGCCGCUGCUGUGGAGUCCGAACGCUCCGCACCCCGAGCCAUGAUCAAGGUGUCGCUGCUGAAGCAGGAGCCCACCAGCAGGCCCAUCACCCUAGAAGGGGUGUUCGCCGGGGGCAGCGCAGGCUAUGCUGAAGGGAAACUGAUGCAGUCUCACCCGCUGUCUCUGUGUAACACCAGCGAAGAUGACCGUCAGGAGGCCAUCUUCAUCAGCAUCGUCAAACUCGAGAGUCCAGAGAGCAAAGUGCCGCAGUGCCAGCCGCUGCUGGAUAAACCUCACUAUGAUGUUGGCAUCCUGUUGACUGUGGCUCUGGUUGUGUUGGCCAUCAUCAUGAUCUUUGCUCUACGCUUCCGCUGCAGGUCCAACAGAACCUGGGACUCUGUGCACCAGCAGACCAUGCGUGCCAUCAGCAGGUUGGAAACGCACACAUACAGCUCUCAGGGUUGCUCUGGCUCCCAGCAUUCUCGUGGGGCUCCAGAGUCAAACAGCAGUUCAAAUUCCAGCCCAAUCUGUGCCAUCUGUCUUGAGGAAUUCGUGGAUGGCCAGGAAUUGAGAAUCAUCUCCUGUGCUCAUGAGUUCCAUAAGGAGUGUGUCGACCCCUGGCUCCUACAACACCGUACCUGCCCACUGUGCAUGCACAACAUCAUGGGUAAACAGCCUCAGGGUUCAGAUCUGGCAUCCCGUCAGCCCCAAAGAAGUCGAAUGCCACCCCCUCCACCUGAGCACAGUCAAGCCUUCCUCCUUCCCCAUCACUAUUCGAACCAACACCCUUAUCCCCAGCACCAUGUUCCCUUUUCCCUGCAGCAUCAUUACCCACGUAACCCCUCUGGACCUUUACCCCAAUUGGGCCACUAUGGCAACUCUCCCCCUCUUAAUCCACGGACUCUCCGUUGCUUUCCCAGCAGACCAUUGGGUGCUAGCUGUGCGUACCACUUGGCUCCGGAUGCCCAUCAUGGACGUCCGCACAGGACAGGCAGGCCCGGGUGUCGGACCGGGGGGCAUCACUAUGCAGCCCCCCGAAGGUCGUGUCAUCGGUGUCCCGGAGGACCUUUGCGGAUGCAUCAUGUGGUAUCGUCCGCAAACCAUGCAACUCAUCAUCACCUGCCACAUGGAAGAGGCUCGCACAGUCGCCAAGAUGACGGCAGCUGCUCGGGAGGGAGUUACCAUACGGAGCGUAGCGGUUACCUUGCAGAUGGACCGGCCAGUGAUUCCAGCUCGGGAUCGUGCCACGGCUCGUCCAGCGACUCUGUAUUGAACUGUACGGACAUCAGCCUGCAGGGUGUCUAUGGCAGCUGGUCCACUUUUCGUAGCUCGCUCAGCAGCGAUUACGACCCGUUUGUCUACUGCGGACCGGGCAAAGCUCCACGCAGAGGGAGCAUGGAGGCCACGCAAAGGCCUCGUUCCCUGGACUCGGUAGUGAACCGAACCGGGGGUGGAAGCGGCGGUGAUGCCGGUGCCAUUUGCCCGGAAGAACAGCAGCAACAGGUGGCUGUGUUCAGUCACGUUCACUAUCACAGGCAUAGACACCACUAUUACGAGGAUGGGGAACUCAGUCAAGGGCCCGGCCGAUGCUCUGACGAGGAUCAAGGGGCCACGUCCUCAGCCGCGGCAGCAAGCGGGCCUUGUCUCGUAACUAAAGACAAAGACUCCUCCGGGUGUCAGGUACAGCACCAGUCUUGCCACUGCCCCAAAACAGACCUCAGUUCAAGGAGGGUUGAGGAUAGAGACCCAGACCCUGUUUCCUCCUCAGGUGCCUCCGUGAUCCUUCCCUCUCCUCCUUUAACCUCUCCGUCCCCACCCUGUUGCCACAAAGGCCCAGGGUGGACGACCGGUCGGAAAGCAGCUGGCUGUCCAUUGGAAGUGCCUUCGCCGGUUGUUCACUUCCAUCAAAGCUUGGACCUUCAGGAUGAUUGUAGCAUUCAUAUCCACUACGGACAGGGAGCGGGAAGCUACUGCUGCACACCUCCGCCAGACAUGGCCCCCACGCUACUGCCAGUGCCCCUGAUCUUGGACUCAACGGGUAUGACCGACUGGCCGUGCUGUAGUGGGGCACAUGUGGUGUGGCAGAAGCAGGUGCAGCAGGCCCAUUCAGAGCCUCAGCUCCUGGGACCCACUUCUGGAAUGGACAGACCCCUGUGUAGGGCCCAUCAUGGCCCAGGGGACGAACUUCCCAUGGACAUCUGUCUGUACUGCCAAACUCUACACAAUAGUCAGGGGUCAGAGGAAGAGUCUGGUGUUUGAGAAAACUCUUCAUCCAAAACUCCUCUCGCUGCUACACAAGAGCCGAAAUGGACAAAACUCUUCGGCGAUCUCUCGCUGUCUCUUUCACUCACAUGUUGCGUCUUCCGGAUAAUUCCAAAUUCUUCUGCAAUAUCAAACUGAAUUACUCAGAAUCUCCAGACCUCAGAUUUCAUUCUCACAAAGAAUUCAGCAGUCACUGACGAUUAGAUGGGUUUUCCAAAGUACUCUUCAGUAGUGACGCUCUGUUACUAGCACCUUUCUAAUGUCCGGAACAAGUAAUUCUUGGUACUUUACCCAAUACGGUCCAAAUGCGACUUUUCAUAGACAAACAAGUGGUAUUAAUUCAGGCAGUUAUCAAAGGAUCUGGAAGAUGCGCAUGAGAUUGAGUAUGGUUUCUUCCUUUCCUUUGGUUUAAAACAGGAUUCGAUUAGUAUCUUCUCUUGUAAACAAGUCUGAGAAUUCCUUGGUGAUCUUCAUGAAAGCCCUUCAAGAUUUAAACAAGUCUUUCCGUAUUCCAUUGAGCUUUAGACUUGGUGUAUGUACUUUAUGCAAGUACGUAGACGCUUCUAUCUACACAAGCUUGGUUGUCGUGUUCUGAAAUGAAUUAAUUCAAAAUGCUUGUCUUGUUCUACAGUAAUUUUUCUCUUUCAGGGUAACUACUAUCAUAGCGGAAUUCUGUUAACAUAAUAUGAAGGUAUCAUUAUACCUUGAGGACUGAAAUACGAAGCAUGUACAACGAAAACAAGAGCUUGCAAUGCAUCGGCUGUGCACUUACUUCUGUGUUUGCGUACUUGCAUAAAGUAUGUUUCAUUAGUUCACUGAGCCUACUGGCUCAUUUUUAACUAUCUAGUCAUUGCGGUGCUACCCGCCUCUUCCAUUUAAUUUCUAGCUUUUUAACUAUGUGUUGGGCUACGUUCAAGCAUCUGGCCUGGGUUUCCAGCACUACCUCAGAUAACCAAUCAGAAAGUCCUGUUAGCGAGACGGUACUUGUGCGUUAGCCUCUCGUUACCUCUGACAGAUAUUAACUCAGAGGAGCGAUAGGGAGCUUUACUUUAUAUCAUCUGUCCUUGGAAAGGAGCAUUUCAUUGAGGUUUCAGGUUUUGUUAAUUCAGAAAUGGCAGCUGUUAUUUACAAAUGUUUGUGUCUUCAUUUAUUAAUUUUGCUCAUCAAAACUGAAUGAAUUGACUGAAUAUAUUUAGGGAAAGUUGUGAAGAUUUUUUUGUUUUGUUUUGUUUCAUUAUUUUGGUCUGUUAAGCCUAUAAUGUGUUCGGGCUGAGAAGGACUACAUUUCCCAGAAUGCUUUCACCUCUUUGACUCUCAUGUUCCCUUAAAGGGAUGCGACAUUUCAUAGAAACCAACCAGCAUACAAGCUUACCAAAAGUGCCUCUGUAAUCCAUGAAAUGAACACUUCAUGACGUGUAUACAUACAUUUAUGUAGCCUGCUGUCAUGUUCCUGGCAAUACCAGCUGACACACAAAACUUGAGUUGACUCGAUGCGUAUUGCCUGCAAGCAUAGUUAUACUGUUACCCAGAAAUCUCUGUUGUCAUUUAUUGUAAAAUCCAAAGGAAUGGUCUGGGUUCAAAACAAGCUAAAACAAGUGACAUGCUGGAAGUAAACCAGUUUACUUCCUUCAGUUUGUAAAAAUAUCUGAUGCAGUUCUGAACCUGUACCAUUACCUUAAGUAAAGAAAAGGAAACACUGGAAAUCUUGCCAUGACAAACACCUGAAUGUUUUUUUUUUGUCAGUAAAUGGUCAAACUGGUCAAAGGUCUUUAUCCUUUGAACCACAAACAUCUCCCAUAAGUCUUUUUGGCUUCUUACCGUCACAUGCUGAUUUUCAUCUAAAUGAGGCUGAAUCCUAAAUGAAAAUAUAUGCAAGACAAAAUAUAGUAAAUCCCAGUGUAGGGUUUCCUCAUACAGGGUUCCCACACCUUAAGACCAAUGACUUUUCCAGUUGUUUUUGAUUAUCGUUAAAGACUUUUAAAGUCAUUUUAUAAAGAUUACACUCAGAAAGAGAAACUUUCAGUCUAUUAAAGAUUUUAAAGCCGUGCAUAAUAGCAAGAAAUGAUGUCUGUAUUGUUCAUACGCUCUCUU